UUCUUGCUUUUCGGUCGCUUUGCAUCCGAAGAACGAUUGCGUCGUCGACUUACUCACGGGCGGGUCUUUAGAAUCCUACCAUAUACAUCAUAUUCUUCUUUUCAGUUGUUAUAUAUCUCCUUGUUCUUACUUCAAUAGACUUACGCGCUAUCCCUUUUUUCUUAUUCUUACACACAAGUAUUUACGUUCCUUGUCGGUUCCAUAACCCUCUCCCAUACAAAUUAAUACUCCCAAGAGUCCAUCGAUGAUAUCAAACGUCAAAGGGUUGGCCUAGAGACACGACGGCCUUUGAGAACACACACCACCCUCCUCCCCACCUGCAAGGCAUCGUCGACAUGUCUCUCGUGGGGAAUUUCACCACCAACCCGGACCACAGUACCGACAUGCGUGGUGCUGGCGUGCCGGGUCACCAUCGAAGGAGCAGUGAAGUCGAAGACACCUAUCACCCGUUUCGCAAACACUCGCAUGAAUCACGCCAUCGGACACACAGCACAUCCGCCCAGAAUGACAUCGAAGCCAUCCAGGAAGCAAAGCUGGAGAGCUCGAGUGGCUCAGAUGAAGAGGAAGGGGCCGACCGCAUAAAAGAGCUUGCUCGGCAGUUUACUCGGGACUCUGUCCGUUCCAUGAGCGGUGCCAAUCCAUUCAAUGCUGAGCCCGGCUCGAGCAUCGACCCGGCUUCGGACAACUUCAGACCGCGGGCAUGGACAAAGGCCAUGUUCCAGCUUCAGUCUUCGGACGACCGUUUCCUCGCCAGGACCGCAGGUGUCGCCUUCCGUGAUCUGAGUGCUCAUGGCUUCGGAGCCGCCACAGAUUAUCAGAAAUCGGUGGGCAAUAUCUGGCUCGAAGGUGUCGGGAUCGCUCGCAGGUUGAUGGGCGUUGGGCAGCGCAGAAUCGACAUUCUUCGCAACUUUGACGGUUUGAUCAAGCCUGGAGAGAUGCUCGUUGUCUUGGGUCCUCCGGGAUCUGGAUGCUCGACGUUCCUCAAGACCAUCGCAGGAGAGACCCACGGUUUCAACGUCGACGAAAACUCGUACAUCAACUACCAGGGCAUCAGUUUCCACGAGAUGCACAAACACUUUCGUGGUGAAGCAAUCUACACGGCCGAACAGGAUGUACAUUUCCCUCAACUGACCGUCGGAGACACCCUGUACUUUGCCGCUCGCGCGAGGGCACCUCGAUAUCUCCCUGGAGGCGUUUCCCGAAACACCUACGCCGAGCACAUGCGAGAUGUCAUCAUGGCCAUGUUCGGCAUCCGCCACACCUUCAACACUCGAGUGGGCAACGACUUCGUCCGCGGAGUGAGCGGAGGUGAACGCAAGCGUGUCAGUAUCGCCGAGGCGUUCUUGAACAUGUCCCCGUUGCAGUGCUGGGACAACAGUACUCGUGGUUUGGACAGUGCCAAUGCCAUUGAGUUUUGUAAGAGUCUGCGGGUUUCGACGGACAUCCUGAACUCGGCGGCCGCGGUUGCCAUCUACCAAGCUCCCCAAAGCGCAUACGACAUCUUCGACAAGGCCGUCGUCCUCUAUGAAGGACGCCAGAUCUACUUCGGCCCCAAGGACGAGGCAAAGGAUUAUUUUGUUCGUAUGGGUUUCCUCUGCCCGGAUCGUCAGACCACGGCCGAUUUCUUGACUUCCAUGACAAGCCCUACGGAGAGAGUCGUCCGCGAGGGCUUCGAAAACAGAGUCCCUCGAACUCCAGAUGAGUUUGCACAGGCCUGGAAGGACAGCCCGGAGCGAGCACGGUUGCUGGAGGAAAUCGAGGCUUUUGACCAAGAACAUCCCAUUGGUGGACCGGACCUGGAAAGAUUCAAGGAAUCACGAAAACUGCAACAGGCCAAACGACAGAGAGUGUCCUCUCCAUUCACUCUGUCUUAUGUCCAGCAAGUUCGCCUUUGUCUAUGGCGUGGCUUCCGGAGACUUGUGGCCGACCCCAGUCUCACGUUGACACAGAUCUUUGGUAACACUGCGUUUGCUUUGAUCAUCGGCUCCAUCUUCUACAAUCUCAGCCACACCACUAAUUCCUUCUACUCCCGGGGCGCCUUGCUGUUUUUCGCCAUCCUGAUCAACGCGUUUGGCUCUGCUUUGGAAAUCUUGACGCUAUACGCCCAACGGCCAAUUGUCGAGAAGCACGCGCGAUACGCCCUUUACCAUCCCUCUGCGGAAGCGUUCGCGUCCAUGCUGACGGACAUGCCCUACAAGAUCUUCAACACCAUCAUCUUCAACGUCACCUUGUACUUCCUGACGAACCUGAGGAGGGAAGCUGGAGCAUUCUUCUUUUUCUUGCUCAUCUCCUUCUUCCUCACUUUGGUCAUGAGUAUGCUGUUCCGAACCAUCGCCUCGGUCUCUCGGACACUGAGUCAGGCUCUUGCGCCUGCGGCCAUUCUGAUCCUGGCAAUCGUCAUCUACACCGGUUUCGCCAUCCCCGUCAACUACAUGCUGGGCUGGGCUCGAUGGAUCAACUACCUUGACCCGGUGGCGUACGGCUUCGAAGCGUUGAUGAUCAACGAGUUCUCCGGUCAAAAGUACGAUUGCUCGGCCUAUGUCCCUACCGGACCAGGAUAUGGCGAGGGGACGGACCACCGCGUUUGUUCCACCGUCGGAUCCGUUCCCGGCCAGACCUUUGUCUCCGGCGAUGCCUACAUCAACAGCAACUACAAAUACUACCAUGCGCACAAGUGGAGGAAUUUCGGUAUCCUAUGGGCCUUUUUGAUUGGCUUCAUGGUUUUCUACCUGGUGGCCGCCGAGUUCGUCGCCGCCAAGAAGUCGAAAGGUGAAGUGCUCGUGUUCCGACGUGGACACAAGCCGGCCGUACUCAAGAAGUUGCCCGCGUCGGACACCGAAGGCGGCCAUUCUGGUGCGGCUGUCACGGCGGGGAAAGAUGACGGCGAGCUCCAGCCCAUCUCCAGCAUCAUCCAGAAACAGACGGCCAUCUUCCAGUGGAAGGACGUGUGUUACGACAUCAAGGUCAAGGGCGGGCAACGACGACUGCUCGACCACGUCGACGGUUGGGUCAAGCCCGGCACCCUCACGGCCCUCAUGGGCGUCUCCGGCGCCGGCAAGACCACGCUCCUCGACGUCCUCGCGACGCGCGUGACCAUGGGCGUCAUCUCGGGUGAGAUGCUGGUCGACGGCCUCCAGCGCGACGAGUCCUUCCAGCGCAAGACGGGCUACGUCCAGCAACAGGACCUCCACCUCGAGACGUCGACCGUCCGCGAGGCGCUCAACUUCAGCGCCCUGCUCCGCCAGCCCGCGCACGUGCCCCGCGAGGAGAAGCUGUCGUACGUCAACGAGGUCAUCAAGCUGCUCGAGAUGACCGAGUACGCCGACGCCGUCGUCGGCGUCCCCGGGGAGGGCCUCAACGUCGAGCAGCGGAAGCGCCUCACCAUCGGCGUCGAGCUCGCCGCGAAGCCCCAGCUCCUGCUCUUCCUGGACGAACCCACCUCCGGCCUGGACUCGCAGACCUCGUGGUCCAUCCUGGACCUGCUCGAGAAACUGAAGAACAACGGCCAGGCCAUCCUGUGCACGAUCCACCAGCCGUCGGCCAUGCUCUUCCAGCGCUUCGACCGCCUCCUGUUCCUCGCCAAGGGCGGCAGGACCGUCUACUUUGGCCAGGUCGGCGAGUCGUCCAGGGUCCUGACGGCUUACUUUGAGCGCAACGGCGCGCACGCCUGCCCCCCCGAGGCGAACCCGGCCGAGUGGAUGCUCGAGGUCAUCGGCGCCGCCCCCGGUUCCCACACGGACAUCGACUGGGUCGAGACGUGGCGCAACUCCCCCGAGAAGCGCGCCGUGCACGAGGAGCUCGCGACCUUGAAGGCGGAACGGUGCAGGCUGGCCCGCGCGACCUCGGACCUCACGGACAAGGCGAGUUACCGCGAAUUCGCCGCCCCCUUCUACCAACAGCUCCGCGAAGUCUUGCAACGAAUCUUUCAGCAGUACUGGCGGACCCCGUCGUACAUUUACAGUAAAUUGUCAUUGUGUAUCGCUUCGGGCUUGUUCAUCGGCUUCUCCUUUUUCAAGGCCCGCAACACGAUCCAGGGUCUGACGAAUCAAAUGUUUGGCAUCUUCAUGUUGAUGACCAUCUUCGGUCAACUCGUCCAGCAGAUCAUGCCGUUGUUCGUCACUCAGCGGGCCCUGUACGAGGUCCGAGAACGUCCCAGCAAGACCUACUCCUGGCAGGCCUUCAUGAUGUCCAACAUCAUCGCCGAGUUGCCGUGGUCGGUGUUGUGUGCGUUUUUGAUCUUCGUCACCUGGUACUACCCGAUCGGCCUGUACAACAACGCGGAACCCACCCACGCGGUCCACGAGCGGGGCGCCCUGAUGUUCCUGUUCAUCCUGGUCUUUUUGUUCUUCACCUGCACCUUUGCCCACAUGGUCAUCGCCGGCAUCGACAACGCCGAGACGGGUGGCAACAUUGCCAACCUGACCUUUUCCCUGACCCUCGUCUUUUGUGGCGUCUUGGUCGGUCCCAAGGCUUUGCCGGGAUUUUGGAUCUUCAUGUACCGUGUCUCCCCCUUUACGUACUUGAUAGACGGCAUGCUCUCCACGGCCGUGGCCCACACCAAGGUGGUCUGCGCCGCCAACGAGUACGUCCACUUCUCUCCCCCCUCGGGUCAGACCUGCGGGGAGUACAUGAGUGACUACAUCUCGGCCGCGGGUGGUUACCUGCAGGACGCCGGGGCCACCGGCAACUGCAGCUUCUGUGCCAUCGCCGACACCGACGCCUUUUUGUCCUCCGUCGCCUCCCACCCUCGAUACAUGUGGCGCAACUUCGGGAUCAUGUGGGCCUUUAUCGUCUUCAACAUCUUUGGCGCCGUGGCACUGUACUGGCUCGUCCGCGUGCCGAAAAAGAAGAAGGAAAAGGCCGAAGAUGUUUCCGAAGCUCCGUUGGAAAAGACCACGACGAGAACGACGGCACCACCACCACCGGCUUCGGCGUCGGAAUCGGAUUCGACACAACCGGUACAGGCGGUCUCGGGCGAGAACGAAAAGGUCGUCUCCUAGCAGAUUUUGUUUGUUUUUUCCAAACCUGUACACAAGUAUAAUUUUUGUGACGUUGCCUUGGACCUCUCACCUACAUCUACAUCUACAUCUACAUCUACAUCUACAU